AUGAGCACCCCGACCCCCGAGGCGGAGUCCCUCAAGGAUAGGGGCAACGAGCUCUUCGCCAGGGGCAAGUACGGCGCCGCUAUAGACGCGUACACCAACGCCCUCGACCUCUGCCCGAGAUGGAUCACGCCGAUGAAAAACCGCGCCUUGUGCUACCGGCAGAGGCGAGACUGGGCCAACGUCAGGGCCGACUGCGAGCGAGCGCUGUCCAUCGACAGGGACGACAUGAAGGCCAACUACUACCUCGGUCUGGCGAUGAUCGGCGAGGGUAACCACACGGACGCGGCAAGGCAGCUGAAGAAGGCGCUCGAGUCGGCGAGGACCCAAGGGGCAUCCAUACAGACCGAGAUAUGGCGAAUGUAUGCCUUGGCCAAGUACUUCGAGUGGGCCGCGCUGGCUUCGAAGCGAAAGGCCAGGUACGACGCCAUCGAGGCCAAGCUCGCGGCGGCGUGCGGCGGUGCCGAGGGUGCCGCGGGAGCCGCGGGAGCGGGAGGACUGGGACCCGGGGAUUGGGACACCGUGCGCGAGAUGCUGGACGCGGUGCGGCGCGAGGACGACCGGAGCGACGAGCCCCCGGACUGCUUCUGCUGCAAGCUGACGUUUGAGGUGUUUCGCGAUCCGGUGGUGGCGCCCUCGGGGCACUCGUACGAGCGCGUCGCGGUGAUGGAGCACCUGCGAAAGGUUGGAAAGUUCGACCCGGUGACGCGUGAACCCUUGGUGGAGUCCGAUUUACGGCCGAAUCACAGCCUGAGGAACGCGGCGCACGAAUGGCUCAACGCCCACGCCUGGGCGUUUGCGGAUAUCAUCAAUCCCAACCAGGAGCUCGCAGAGUUCACGGGCGGGUCUUGA